AUCAUCAUGUGUCAUAAAGUCUUUUACAGUUCCUGGUGUCAUUUCUUUCAGAUGGGUGAUUAUUACAGACCUAGAGUAGAGAACUUUAAAGAAGUGGUGGUCAGAAGUAUCAGCCCAGGAAGUUUCUUGACAAGAUCCUCCACCAACUCUGUGAAAUACCUUUCCAAUAGUUCAGAUUCAGGACAUCUUCGGGCCAGAUUCCCUCCUUUCCAAGUGGCAGAGAUAAAACUAAGGACAGAAGACACAACUGUCAGAUCAAGAAGAGUGGGAGUCAAUGUCGAACAUGAAGUCAUUCUGGAGAUCCCCAAUAAACCGGGCUAUCAGGAAGUAUAUGCAAAUGAUACUGAGGCAGUUAAGAAGGCUGUUGAGGAUCUUAUUGGCUGCUUUGAAGAUUGUCCAAGUUUCAAUGUGACAGUGGAGCCCACGGUGACACCUACAGAACAGGACCAUGAAUUGGCCUGUGCACAAACGGUGGAAGAUACAGCUAUUCUUCAAUACUUUGAGCCUUUGGAUGUAAAUGGGAUGCUAGCUUGUGUGACUCCCUGCCACCCGCGACAUUCAACCCCAAAAACAUGUCAUAACAAGGGAUUGUGCAUGGUGUUUAAAGGGACAGGACCCAUCUGCUAUUGUCUAAACUCGUCCUCUACCUGGUACCUGAGCGAUGACUGCAGCCUGCCCAUACAGAAGACGGCGCUCUUCGUCGGGCUCAGUGUGACACUCGCUGUUCUCUUGUUGCUGGUAGGAGUCCUUUCAGCGUUCGCACUGAGGAACAAAUACAGAGAGAAGAGGAGCAGGGAUUUGAACGAGGAGAUGGUGAAUCGGUGGUUGGACGCAGACUUUGAGUGGUUCAGAUCAGACCUUCACAGAGCUGAGGUCUACAGAAACCCCUAUGCUCGGGAUGAAGCAACCGGCUACAGAGAAGAACCAGAUGUUAACAGACAACCUUCACCUGCCCACCAGCCAACCCAUCCAGCUCCACAGAAUAACUUCAGACAAUCAGCCAGAACAUCCUCGCCAUCACAAUCAGCUCAUGGACACAUAACCCCGCCUAAUAUGGCUGGAUACUCAGCCAACCAGCCGAUGAGGAUCAAAAGGCCUCAGAUCAGGCCAUCCUUGGACGACUGAGCAGUGCAAUAAAAACUAGGUCUUAGAAAAUAAACUGUUAGUGUGGCAACAAAGGUUUUUAGCCUCCUGCACAAGCAGCCAAGAGAAGAGGAAAACCGAACUCCAAUACUGGCUAAACUCAAUGCUGUCACAAAAGAAACUCUGACAUUAUUAUAGUUUAAAAUGCUCCUCUGAGCUGAGGACAGAGGAUAGAGAGGGAAAUCAGGAGAGAGAUGGGGGAAUGGCAUGCAGGAAAGGAGCUGCAGGUCAGACUUGAACCUGGGCAGCUUAACUGCAAAACCAAAGUGUGCACAUACAGGGUGCGACUAAUAAUCUCUUUUGGAUUAUCUUUAUUUAUUUAUUUAUACUUUGUCUUGUGUUGACUGGGUGUGACCCACUGAAAUGAAAUAUUGCUUCUUCAAAGAGACCUGUCAGCAAUUCAGAGCAACAAUAUCAUGCAAACUUAUCUUUCUUUACCUGACUGCUGCUUUUGACACAACCAACCUCACUGAUAUUGCCUUUUCCUAACCCCAAUAUUACCUCACUGACAAACAACAAUUCAUUCAUCACUGCACUUCCUGCGUAGCUUCUCUGACUAAAGCUGUUCCCCAAGGUCCUCGUUUUUUUUUAAUUAUAUUUACUUAAUUCCCUUCAAUAUCAUCCAUCACCAUGGGCUGCUUUCACUGCUACGCCAUGGACAUCCAGCUCUACUUCUCCAACCAAUUCCAUUGCCACAGAAACAAAUCCUGCUCCUUACCCAAAACUGAGCCAGGCAGAACCAAACAACAAACCUUGGGGGACAGUUCCUUCUCUACAGCUCCCCCCUCCUCUGGAACUUUCUCCCUACAUAUAUUCAAGACUGCAGUGACCUAUCCAGAGUCAAAUGACUGUUUUACAUAAGAUGUUAAGUGGGAUUGUACUGUUUUCAUGCUGUUGCUAUGUUGUUGUUUACUUUAACAAAUAUUUUUAACAAAUGUACUUGUGUUUUUGAGUACCUGAAAGGCUCUUUAAAAAUAAGAUGUAUUAUUUAAAUGUAUAUAAAUAAUAAGUAUUAAGAUGAUCAGAUAUUAACAUUAACAUUUAGAUAUCCUGAUGAUUUCAACAGAGAAUUAAAUACUUUCUGAGGCUUGUCCAUGCAGCUAAAAAGCCUUCUUUCUCAAUUUAGUUAUUUGAAAACAGAUAUUGAACAAAUUCCAGAGAGCAAAGGUUCUUAUUUCCAUCCUUCAAGAUUUAAAAGAGAAUAAGCAAAGAAUACAGUUUUUCAAUAAUCUCAGUGUGCCCUUUUACAUACAAAUAAUGCAAUGCUAAAGAGGAACAGAUCUGGGCAGAUCUGUAAAAGGCAGACUAAUCAGCAUAGUGAUAAAUAGCAGAUUUGAAAUAUUCAGUAUGUAAACUAUGAACAACAGUGGGCCUAAUAAUGAGCCAUUUGGUAUCCUAGCAUUUUCUGCAAUCCUAUCUCCUGCUCAGGUCCUGUUUCAGAUACUGGUGCAUUAUUAUUACAAAGUAAAAGUCCCAUUUUCACAAAAUUUCUGUAUCUUCGAGGACAGAAACUUUGGUCUCUAUUAUAACACCCACUUAAACAGGAUCAAAAGGAAUCCUGAACAUGAAUGAUAGACAUGGUUAAUGUAGGAAACAGCCAGAAAACUUAAUUAUCCUAAUCAUGAUAUUUGAAUCAAUCGAAUCAAUCAAAUCUCAUGGACUACUUGGUGAAAGGUUAAAUAAAUGAAAUAACAGAAUAAGGUGAUAAAUACAGAACAAUGGAUUAUUUAUGAUGUAAUUUUUAACUGUUAACAAUGUUCAAUGCUUUAAUAUGUUUGAUGCACUUUAUGUUAAUAAAUUUUUU